GGAGGAGGAGGAGAGAGAGAAGGAGAGAGCAGAGGAGAGGAGGAGAGGAGCGGUGCUGAGCUGCGUCUCCCCGCAGGUCAAUGGAGUUGGAGAACAUCGUCGCCAACACCGUCCUACUGAAAGCCAGAGAAGGAGGUGGAGGAAAGCGCAAAGGCAAAAGUAAAAAGUGGAAGGAAAUAUUGAAGUUUCCUCACAUCAGUCUGUGUGAAGAGCAACGGAAAAUCAUAGACCGAGACUAUUUCAACCUUUGCGAGAAGCUGCCAAUUGGAAGACUCCUUUUCCGGCAAUUCUGUGAAACCCAAACUGAAUUUGAGCACUACAUAAACUUUCUCGACUUAGUGACAGAGUAUGAAGUUACACCAGAUGAAAAACGUGCAGAGAAAGGACAAGAGAUGAUCAGCAAAUACCUCACGCCAGAGUCGCCAGGAUAUAUACGAGAAGUCAGUGAAGACAUUGUCCAGCAAUGUAAAGAAAAACUCGAAAUGAAUGCGUGCAAAGAACUCUUCACUCACUGUGUAAAGUCAGGACAUGAUUAUCUGAGCGGGCAGCCCUUUAAAGAAUAUCAAGACAGCAUGUAUUUUGACCGCUUUCUGCAGUGGAGGUGGCUGGAAAGACAAGCUGUAACGAAAAACACAUUUAGGCAAUAUAGAGUACUGGGAAAAGGUGGCUUUGGUGAGGUCUGUGCCUGUCAAGUACGAGCGACCGGGAAAAUGUACGCCUGCAAGAAAUUAGAGAAGAAAAGGAUUAAAAAGAGAAAAGGAGAAACUAUGGCUUUAAAUGAAAAGCAGAUUUUAGAAAAAGUCAAUAGUAGAUUUGUAGUUAAUUUAGCUUACGCCUACGAAACAAAGGAUGCACUAUGCUUAGUACUGACCUUAAUGAAUGGCGGUGACUUGAAAUUCCACAUCUAUAACAUGGGAAAUCCAGGGUUUGAGGAAGACCGGGCUGUCUUUUAUGCAGCUGAGAUCUGCUGUGGCCUGGGAGAUCUCCACAAGGAAAACAUUGUUUACAGAGAUUUGAAGCCUGAAAACAUCUUAUUAGAUGAUGAUGGUCACAUUAGGAUAUCUGAUCUGGGAUUAGCUGUGAAAAUUCCUGAAGGGGAGACGAUUCGAGGCAGGGUAGGAACAGUAGGAUAUAUGGCUCCAGAGGUUCUGAACAAUCAGCGAUAUGCAUUGAGUCCAGACUACUGGGGGCUGGGCUGCUUAAUCUAUGAAAUGAUAGCUGGGCAGUCCCCGUUCCGAGGCCGAAAAGAGAAGGUUAAAAGGGAAGAGGUGGACAGGCGGGUGUUGGAAACAGAAGAAACUUACACAGACAAGUUUUCAGAGGAAGCAAAGUCUAUCUGCAAGAUGUUGCUGAUUAAAGAUCCCAAGGAAAGGCUGGGCUGCACAGGAGGAGGUGCUGCAGACGUGAAGAAAAAUCAGUUCUUCAGGAAUAUCAAUUUCAAGCGACUAGAAGCCGGAAUAAUGGAUCCUCCGUUUGUACCUGAUCCUCGCGCAGUGUACUGCAAGGACGUUUUGGACAUCGAACAAUUCUCCACUGUGAAAGGGGUGAACCUGGACCAGACGGAUGACGACUUCUAUUCCAAGUUUUCCACUGGUUGCGUGUCGAUUCCCUGGCAGAAUGAGAUGAUAGAAACCGAAUGCUUUAAAGAACUGAACUUGUAUGGUCCAAAUGGAGGUUUGUCUCCAGACCUGGACAGGAGCUAUACCCCUGAACCACCUAAAAGAACACUCCUGCAAAGGCUCUUCCGACGGCAGAAUCACAGUCAUUCAAACAGCUCCGGGACUGCGAAGACUCAUUCCAACCAUCAAGUAAAUUCUCAUCAAGCUAACUCAAACUCUGGAGGGAACAGCUAGUCUCAGCUCAUGAUUCGUGUGGCAAUUCUUUGUAACUUUUCCCGUUUUCUGGAACUAUUUAGCGGAAAAGCAGCAGCUCUCCCCAUCCCCACUCCCACCUCCCCGUCCCCUCCUGCCAUGAAGGGGUAUUGAUUCCACACGAGCAAGCCUCUAGAGUUUCUUGAUCCAGCUGCUCACUUGCUCUCAGGUGUGUGUCGUUGAGAUUGGGAUUGUGACAUCUGAAACGAGAUGAAAUAUUGCAAUAGCAAUUCAAUGGAAAUGGCUACUUGCAUGUAUUUAAAAACAAAACAAAAAAGCAUUGUACUAGAACUGUAUUUUGUCUUUAUUAAAAAAAAAGGUUUUGUAAAUUUCUCUAUAACUGUCUCAGUUUACAUUUUGUACAUUUGUAUUUAAAGUAUGUCAGAAUCAAUUGGGAUGUAUAUUUUCUGCCCAGCAGUUGUAAAAGCCAUGUGCCGAUUCCACGAUGAACAUCUUUGCGAAUUUUUAUGAAUUGUGAUUUUCAAUUUCCUCGGCAUUUAAACGGUGAACGAGAACCUGUUUUAUUGCUUUUUUUUAAAAAAAAAUCUGCAGUAAGUGAUUUUCUUUCUAUAUUCUUUCACCAUAUCGGUAAUCAUUUUAUAUUUUUGUAGCUUUUUGUCAUAGCUUGCUGUUAUUAAACAUGCCUCUUUCUUUUGUA